AAUAAAUAAAAAAAACAAAUAAAACUUUUUAUUUUAAGAAAAACAUUGUUAGCCGUCGGAUGAGAAUAAGCCAAGUAAACAAGGGCCUCGAUUAUUAAUAAGCCUUAUCAUUUUUGGCCUCUUGUUAGGAGAAAACAUUUAUAGGGUCCAAUUACUGUUUUGUAAUUUGUACAGAAGGACCCGGAAAGGUCUUCUCUUUGUGUCUCUCCCUCUCUUUCUCUCUAUUUGGUCUUUUUGAUACCUGAGAGAAAGCCGGGAACUUCUCCGUCAACACUUUUUCUCGGUUUGCCGGCAAUGGCCUCCGGUACCGGUCUAUUUGUAUAUACGAUCCUUCUAUUGCUCAUCGGUCAAAUUCCUACUGCUUUCCCCCAAAGUAUUAUCCAAAUCUUGCCGAAGGUGAAUCUAGUCUCCGAUAAAAAUGCUUUGUACUGCGACAGUUGGAGAUUCUCCGUAGAGACGAACGAUGCUGGGUACUGGUCGACGAUACCGACGAGAUGCCGGAGCUUCGUGAAGGAUUACAUGAUCGGUGACCGGUAUAAGUCUGACUCGGAGGUCGUUGCUGGUAACUCUUUAACGUUUGCUAAGUCUCUGGAGAUCGCUGGAGAUGGGAAGGACGCUUGGGUCUUUGACAUUGACGAGACUCUUCUCACGAAUUUGCCUUAUUACGAGGCACACGGGUUUGGAUCAGAGACCUUCGACGAGAAAUCUUUUGAUGAAUGGGUGGAAAUGGCUCAGGCACCUGCUAUUCCAGAAAGUUUGAGAUUGUACAAAGAACUGCAACAGUUGGGGAUCAAAAUAUUUCUUCUAACUGGGCGAAGUGAAUAUCAAAGAAAUGUUACUGUCCAAAACCUUUACUUUGCAGGCUACAAAAAUUGGGAGAAGUUGCUUUUAAGGGGACCUUCAGAUCAAGGCAAACCAGCCAUUGUAUACAAAUCUGAAAAGAGAUCAGAUUUAAUAAAUGAAGGUUACACCAUUCAUGGGAGUUCAGGUGAUCAAUGGAGCGACUUGUUGGGUUUUGCAAUAGCCCAGAGAUCAUUUAAACUUCCCAAUCCAAUGUACUAUAUCGCCUGAACAAAAUAUAUCAUCAAAUUUGAGACUAUUGUUGUAAUUUGAUUGCUUGAUAUAAUUCUCUUGACAAUUAUGAUGGUGGUGGACUGGUGUUCAUUUUGUGAGUUGUAUUUUUUAGUAUAUUAUUCUUUAAGUAACAUCAAGGUCUCGACAAAAGUAAAAUAAAAAUAAUAGUAAGUGUUUGAUCAA